AUGUCAAUAACUUAUAAAGAUAUAACAGAAGAACAAAAUCAAACAAAUCCUUUUUCAAAAUUAGUACCAGGACAAACCAUAGUUGAAAUUCCAGAAUAUACAUUAGAAUGUGGAGAAACAUUAUAUAAUUUCCCAGUUGCUUUUAAAACUUGGGGAAAAUUAAAUUCUCGUGGUGAUAAUACUUUAUUAAUAUGUCAUGCAUUAACUGGAUCAUCUGAUGUACAAGAUUGGUGGGGUCCAUUAUUAGGUGAUCAUAAAACUUUUGAUCCUUCAAGAUUUUUUAUAAUUUGUAUAAAUUUUUUAGGUUCACCUUAUGGAUCAUGUUCACCUGUAACAAUAGAUAAAUCAACAAAUAAACCUUAUGGACCAAAUUUUCCAUUAGUUACUGUAAAAGAUGAUUUAGGUAUUCAAAAAUUAAUAUUAGAUUAUUUAAAAGUAAAACAAAUUGCUUGUGUUAUUGGAGGAUCAAUGGGAGGAAUGUUAGCAAUGGAAUAUUCUUCAACUUAUAAUAAUACAAAUUAUUUAAAACUGGUUAUUGCAUUAGCUACUUCAGCAAGAGCAAGUGCUUGGUGUAUAUCAUGGAAUGAAACUCAAAGACAAUGUAUAUUUAGUGAUCCAUUUUAUAAUGAUGGAUAUUAUUAUGAAAAUAAAGAACAAAAUUUAAAACCUGAUUCUGGUUUAAGUGCUGCGAGAAUGGCAGCAUUAUUAACUUAUAGAUCAAGAAAUUCAUUUGAAACAAGAUUUGGUAGAAAUUUAGGUAAAAAAAAGAUCACCACAAACACAAAUACGUCAACAAACAAAUCAUCAACUACAACUCCCGAUGAAAUUGAAAAUGGUAUAAGAUAUCCAAAAACAAAAGAUGAAGAGAACUGGUUAUUACAUAAUGAAGGAUCAAAAUUAAAUAAUGGAUUUAAAAUAAAUCAAGAUUUAAAAUUACCAACUUAUUUUACUGCUCAAAGUUAUUUAAGAUAUCAAGGUUCAAAAUUUAUAAAAAGAUUUGAUGCAAAUUGUUAUAUUUCAAUAACAAGAAAAUUAGAUACUCAUGAUAUAACAAGAAAUAGAAUAGAGGAGAAUAAUAGUAAUAUUGAUGAUAAUGAAAAUCAAGAACCAGAUCUGGAUAAUAAUAUAGAUUCAGAUUCAGAUCCAUUACCUAAUUAUUUAAAACAAUUAAAAAAACCUCAUUUAAUAAUUGGAAUAAAAUCAGAUGGUUUAUUUACAUAUGGAGAACAAAAAUUAUUAGGAGAAAAUAUUCCAAAUUCAAAUUUAAAAAAAUUAGAUUCAAGUGAAGGUCAUGAUGCUUUUUUAUUAGAAUUUGAAUUAAUUAAUAAUUAUUGUUUAGAAUUUUUGAAAACUAACCUACCUGAAUUUUAUGAUGAUUCAAAUACUGAAAUUUUUAAAGAUUGGCAAAAAUAUGUUAAAGAUGUUGAUAAUAAUGGUGAAUCUGUUUUUGGAGAAGUUGAAAAAAAUAUAACAAAUUGGUAA